GGUUUAGUUCGGUCUGUGGAGGAUGUUUCAGGAGGUUUGAUCUCCGAUGAUGAGCUGUGGUCUUUGUGUGUGUUAGUGUGCCGGCCGUGAUGACGACAGAGGUGGGAUCAGAGAGCGACGUGAAGAAGGACGCGGAGAAGGCUCCUGAAGUCCAGCAGCAGACAGACCAGCCCGACAAACCCGACCCGGCCGGUGCUGAGCAGACACAGGAGGAGAGCCCGAGCGCCGAGGCCGAGAGCGAUCAGGAAGCGGCUGCGUCUCCGGAGCCCAGCAGUCCUCCUCCUGCUGCCGGCAGCCAGAAGAAAGAGAAGGGCAUCUCUCGCUUCCUGCCUCCAUGGCUUAAACGACAGAAAUCACAGAGCCAGGACAAGCCCGGCGAGAGCUCAGCGCCGCCCAAGCAGGAGAGCGUGGAGGCCGUGAAGGAGGAGCAGGAGGAGACGAGCCAGCUGAAAGAGGAGGCGGACGGAGGAGGCGCAGCGACCGCCAGCACAGAGCAGACAGAGGAGGUGAAGGAGGUGAGAGAGGAGAGCAGAGCAGAGCAGGUGCAUCCGGAGGAGAAGGAGACAGAGGAGGAGAAGUCUAUCGGCAGUGCUGACACACAGCCUGUGAGAGAGGAGAAAGAGGGCGAAUCGGAGGUGAAGGAGGAGACGAAGGAGGAAGAGCAAGUGAUCCCGCACGAGGCGAGUGUGCUGUCAGCACUCAAAGUCAACAAGAAGAUGAAGAUGGUUGUGUGUCACGUGACCCUGCUGGAUGGCAGCCAGUUCUCCUGUGAGGUGGAGAAACGGGCGAAAGGCCAGUACCUGUUUUUUCAGGUCUGCGAGCAGCUGAAUCUGUUGGAGAAGGAUUACUUCGGCCUGAGCUUUAAAGACAACGCUGAGCAAAGGUGCUGGCUGGACCCCACCAAGGAAAUCAAGCGGCAGAUCCGCAACUCUCAGUGGCAGUUUGCGUUCAGUGUGAAGUUUUACCCUCCGGACCCGUCCCAGCUGACUGAGGACAUCACGAGGUAUCUGCUGUGCCUCCAGCUGAGGCAGGACAUCGCGUCAGGCCGGCUGCCCUGCUCCUUCGUCACACACGCUCUCCUGGGCUCCUACACCCUGCAGGCGGAGCUCGGGGACCACGACCCCGAGGAGCAUCGUCUGGACUACAUCUCAGACUUCCAGUUCGCCCCAAACCAGACCAAGGAGCUGGAGGAGAAGGUGGUGGAGCUGCACAAGUCCCACAGGGGAAUGACUCCAGCCCAAUCAGAUGCCCAGUUUCUGGAAAAUGCCAAGAAGCUGUCCAUGUACGGUGUAGACCUGCAUCACGCCAAGGACUCUGAGGGAGUGGAUAUCAUGCUGGGAGUGUGUGCAAACGGUUUGUUAAUCUAUAAGGAUCGUCUGCGGAUAAACCGCUUUGCUUGGCCCAAAAUCCUCAAGAUCUCUUACAAACGCAGUAACUUCUACAUCAAGAUCAGGCCGGGAGAGGCCGAGCAGUUUGAGAGCACUGUCGGCUUCAAGCUGCCCAACCACCGGGCCGCCAAAAGAGUUUGGAAAGUCUGUGUUGAACACCACACCUUCUUCAGGUUGGUUUCUCCUGAACAGUCCACCAAGACCAAGUUCCUGACUCUGGGCUCUAAGUUCCGCUACAGCGGCAGAACGCAGGCGCAGACGCGACAGGCCAGCUCCCUCAUCGACCGGCCCACGCCCUACUUCCAGCGCACCUCCAGCAAACGCAUCUCUCGCAGUCUUGAUGGAGCUCCUGUGGUGAACGUGAGUGAUUACAGUCAAGCUGCAGGUGCUGGAGAAAACGGCCCGGCUCUGGAGCUCAACUCCGACUCUAAGAGCAAGUUGAGAGAGCAGGGGGAAAAUAUAUAUGUCAGACAUAGCAAUUUAAUGUUGGAGGACUUGGAUAAGACCCAGGAGGAUGUGUUGAAGCAUCAGGCUAGCAUUAGUGAGCUAAAGCGCAGUUUUAUGGAGGCUACGCCCGAUCCCAGGCCCAGUCAGUGGGACAAGCGCCUGACGGGCAGCCCUGCCACCACCCUGCGCCUGCAGGCUCAAGGGAGUCUGGAAGAGGAGCUCACCUCUCUCUUUCUGAGUAAGGUGUGCUUCUCUGGGCUGGCUGGCUUCUGCAGUACCGCAGCUGCUCCAGCAGAGGUUCCACAGAAAACCCCUCCCUGUCCUGAGACGGACAGCAGAGACGCCAACAAGAGCGCAGAGGUCAAACCCGAAGUCAAUGGCCAGCCAGAGGUCAUAGAGGUCGUGGAAGAGACCGUUGUCAUCGAGGAAGUCAUCAAAGCCAAACCCAAAAGCCCCGCUCCUGAGGCGUCGGUUACCGCAGAGACAGAGUGCGCUGCGGAGGUCAAGGAGGAGAGGAGUUUAUCGUCAGACAGCGAGAGCGAAGAGGAGGCGGAGUACCACGCUCAGCCACCCAGCACGAGCAUCUCCACCCAACAGAUCAAAGAAGAGCCCGAGGAGGAACAGGAGGCGGUGUUUACUCAACAAGCCCCGCCCUCUGGGGUAGAGUCACAGCCAAUCACAGAAGCAGCUGAGCCCGGCCCUGCGGCGGAGGAAGAGAAAGCAGCACAGCCUCAUGAGGAAGAGCGUACAGACGAGCCACUGCUGACGCCAGAACACCCUCCUGUUGUGAAGACUGAGAUGGUUACGAUCUCAGACACGUUUGCUGCUCAGAAGACUGAGAUAUCCACUAAGGAGGUCCCCAUCGUUCACACGGAAACCAAGACCAUCACGUACGAGGCCGCCCAGCUGGAUGGUAAUGGAGACGGGGAGCCAGGCGUGCUCAUGACAGCUCAAACCAUCACCUCCGAAUCGCUCUGCACCACCACCACCACACACAUCACGAAGACACUAAAGGGCGGGCUGUCAGAAACUCGCAUUGAGAAGCGCAUUGUCAUCACGGGAGACUCUGACAUUGAUCACGAUCAGGCGUUGGCCCAGGCUAUAAAGGAGGCCAAAGAGCAGCACCCUGACAUGUCCGUCACUCGCGUGGUGGUCCACAAAGAGACGGAGCUCGCCGAGGACGAGGACUGAAGGGCAGAGCUGAAGUCCAGCGCGCUCCUCCACGGCUCAGAGUUCAUCCCUUCAUCCGGAGGAGAGAAGAGCAGCUCUGAUCCUGCACAGAAAAACAUCUUCAUCUUCUGUCUUUCACAACCAGAACCACUUAGCUAACAUUUGUAGCAUUUUAUUUUUUUAGUCUUCGUUUUAUCUCUUUCCCUCAAAAGAUCGUCUUUACCAUUUAUGAAGACCAGAUUGAUGUUAUUUUUAUUGUUAAGUAGUCAUUCACAUUCCUAGUUCAUGAGGAGGAGUAAUGGAUCACGUUGUGAUGGAGUCCUUUGUAAUAAUAAUAAUAGGAGGAGCAUGUGAGCAUAUGAAGGCGAUGUUGAGGGGGUGGGGUUAUGAUGGGGGCGGGGCUAAAGAUGGAUGGGCUUUCCUGAUGUCACGGUGUGUUUGUAAGGGGCCAGCACAGGACAGUGGCACUGUGUGAUUUUCAUUGGUGGACGGCAAUCAUUCCUCUAUGCAGUCAAAACCUCAAACAUUCCACCGAGGAGAGGACGAGCGGCGUUACCUCUCUCAGCAACAAGACGAAAUGCAAAAACUCCAUUCAACAUGAAACCUAGGCAGCUCUUUGGGAACUUUUUCAUUUUCUGGCACCAAUAUUCAGAUAUAUAUUUGAAGAAACCUGUUUUUCUUUGUUUUAAAUCUGAUGAUUUUGGAGGAGGUCGCUCCGUUUGCCCUUUUAAAUCUUUUUAAUCUGUUUGAGAUACUUGUGAUUAAAUGAACAAAUGAGAUUGAACUGCCAGUGCUGAUGUUUUUAGCGGUCGAGUGAGGCCCGUGCUACCUGCUCUCUCUCUCUCUCUCUCUCCCAUCUGCUCCAUCAGCCCUGUGUAUAGCAGUUAAUGGUAGAAUUUACUCUCUGUUCUUUUUUAAGCAGCUUUGGAUGAUCUGUCAUGUUUUUAUGCCCCACCCGACCCUUUGUGUAACACUCUUCCAAUUAAAGUUGGUUUAUUCUCUAA